AUGAAGUUCUCUGCCGUUAUUGCCUUGCUCCUUCCCCUCUCCGGCGUCCUCGCUUCACCAGUCACAGACCCUGGCCCUAUUGGCAUCGUAAGAGACGAACAUAUCACAGGAACUGGGCCCUUGAGCGUCGAUCAGAGCGAAGCUGAUUUGGUGGGUCGUGACAUCUUUGCACGCUCCACUCGGAAGUGCAAGAUCGUCAACGUCUCGAACCGCGCCUUCUGCCGCAGUGGACCUGGCACCAACUAUCCGAUCAUGUACUCGGUGUACAAGGGCCAGGAGUACAAGUUUGAUUGCUACAAGAAGGGAACUUGUCAUGAAGGCAACUGCACUUGGGACCGCCUCCCGCAUGCUGAAGGGUAUUGCUACGUGUCUGGCGCCUACACCGACAGCCGAUGCACUAAAGGCCAGGUACGAGGCAUUGUCGUACACUUGGGGGGAUCCCGAGCCAACCAAGAGAAUCUUGGUAAAUGGGCUACCGUUCUGGAUCUCUGCGAACCUCUCUUCACAGCGCUGAGGCAACUUCGGCUCUCGGAACGACCCCGACUGCUAUGGAUAGAUGCUAUCUGCAUCAAUCAAAACGACCUAAUUGAGAAAGCAGGCCAGGUGGGGAUGAUGUUCAGCAUCUAUCUCAAGGCGUACAGGGUUGUUGUCUGGCUGGGUCAAGCGACUGAUGAUGACGAAUAUCUCUUUAAACUGCUCGAGACCUACGGCAGGGAGGGUAUGGGUGAUAUCCGUGGAGCGGUCGAGGACUCAAGAGCACGGAGAGCAGCUACUGAGCUCAUCCAGACCAAGCCAUGGUUCUAG